GCGCUGACAAUGGAGAAAAGCACCCUGGAGAUCUCAGGCCAGGCUGUCCUCAACAGUUCCUCCGUAAACAUGGGACAGUACCUUGACCAGGUGACAGAACGUCCUCCCCCAGUAACCAUGAUGUGGAACCAGCAUGCUAUCCCUUCCGUCGAUAUCCUCCUCGCUUUGGUCUGCAUUGUUCUCACUCUUGUCUCUACUUGUGGCAAUGCUGUCUCUAUCAGGGCUAUCAUCAACCUUAAAUCUAGCAGGUUUAAUUCAGACAGGAACAACCUGGGCUCCUUAACUCUGGUUAUAUUCCUGAAUCUAGCUGUCUGUGACUUCCUGCAGACCCUGUUGUCAGCUCCUUUUACUGCUCUCAUGCUGUUCAGUGGCAGGGUGCAACCAGGAAUAUCCCCUACAACAGAGCUGAUCCUGUGUAACGUGGCUGGAGUGAGCUACUUCAUCAUGUCACGUGCUAGUAUCAGUAUAGUUGCUAUCUUAUCUCUGGUGAGGUGCUACGUUAUCCUGCGCCCCAUGAACCAUCACAGUGUUGUUAACUGGAGAAAUGUUUACGUAUCACUAACUGUGGUGUGGUUAACAGCCAUCUUCCUAUCCCUGAUCCCCUUCAUGGCGGGUGGUACUUACAAGUAUUGGAGGAUAUACCCCAUGUGUGAGUGGGACAAACUUGAGAGGAUGUUUCCCUGGACGAACACAAUAACCCUGAGUCUGGCAGUGCUCCUUGUCUACGUUACUCCCUUUCUACUUCCAGGCUUUGUAGUCAUAUUCUCCUCCCUUACUACAGUCGGGGCUCUCCUCUACGCUAGACAGAAGAAAAAGAUAGUGACCCGUAAAAAGGACUACGACUCAGUAAUCACAGAUAAGGGGCAGGGCUCCAUCUCAAGGAAGCAGCUGAGUGCUUCUAUCACCACGCUGGUAGUGGUCCUUACCUUUGCUGUCUGCUAUGGACUGUGGUGGUUCAACUCUAUCGUGUACCUUAUGUGGAAGGCAGGGUUUUUCCCUGUGGAGAAGGACAGUAUGAUCUUCACAGUUAUGUACGGUCACACCGGUUACGUGUACAUUGCCACUAUGGGGGGAGUCCUCAUGAUUUACCUCAACUCUGCUCUUAACCCUAUUAUUUACUACUGUAGAAUAUUCUCGAAGAAUUCUCAGGAUUAUAAGACUUCUUCAAGCGGUCCUAAGGGACACCAAUCAUCUAGUUCUAUAGAGUUCAGUAACCGUAACAGCAUAGUCAAUCUGUGUAACACCAUACCCAAACGAGAAUCUGACACGGAGAAGAUACUUGAUACUCUGGAGGAACGAGAUGAGACUCCAACUACUUCUGAUAGCAUGGCUUAAUUAAUUAGGGUCACUUAAGUUAGGGACACUUUUAUUAGGAAUUAUUUAGCUGGUGUAGCAUAACUAAAGUCUAGACUCUAGAUUGGCUACAAGUUAGGGAUAUUAUUGCUAGGAAUUAUUUUAGCUGAUGUACGAGACUUUCAAAUUGCGCUGAAACCCGGAAACGGAUUGAGUGGCUAUGUUCGUUAGGGUCUGCCCACACUACGCCUCUAUUCCCCGAAUGUCUGCCCACACUACGCCAUGUUUUGACGGGCCACAUGGCUAACGGGAAACGGUACUUGCACUUCUGUCAUUGAUUUAAGCCUUCUGAACAGUAAAUGUACUUUUUACUGUGUAGAACUGAAAAUAGUUGAUGGCUUUGUAGGAAUGUAGGAAUAUAGGGUAGAGACUGAGUUUAGUUUUAUUACCUUGAUUCUGAUUUUUAAAUAUGCCAACUGUGCAUUAUAUUAUUUACUCCUUGCUAUUAAUUUAGUAAUUUUUUGUCAUUUAACGUUUAAUUGACUGUAAUAAUACCGUAGGAAAAGUUAACAAAAUCAUUGAAUUGUGCUCAAUUGUAGUUAACAGGAGUUGUUUUGUUGUGGUAUUUAAAUGUAUUAUGUAAUAUUUAUUUAAUUAUAAUGUUAUUUUC